AUGAACAAAUACAUAGAUUAUAGAAUAGUUCAAAACGAUUCUCUCAAUGAAGAUUUCAUUGAGCGUGGCCGUAUUCACAUUAAAAUCAAACUCGAUGUUUCAUUUGAUGAUAUUGAAGGGCUUUCAGGUUCCAUGGCAGAUCGAUGUAUUAUAGUUGUUAUCAAUAACAAACUUGAUUCAUUUAUUAUUGUGAGAAAUUAUAAUAUCUCAAGAGAGAAUAAUCCACAUCUCCCAAAAAGUACAUUGGGAUAUUCGUCAAAUUUUGAAGCUGCUGCAGCUGCAAUUGUUACAAUUAAAAAUAAAUUUGAUUCAGUUGAAGAGUUGUUAUAUGCUGUAGCUGGUCAAAAAGACUUUAAACUCGAUUAUUCAAUAGGAACAAUUACAUUAGUCCGAAAUUUUUUAUUCGAAGAUUAUAAUUACGAGAUAUUUAAAGAUAUCAUUGAUUGCUAUGUUCUAAGCAAUGAAAAAGGAAUGUCAGAUAAAGAUGUUACAAGAACUGUUUAUUAUUUAAGUUGUAAUGAUGAUAUUAGAAAUAUGAUUACAGUAUAUAAAAGGAGCGAUAAGCAAACCACCAAAUUUAAUUACAUUCAAGAGAUGCAUUCCGAAGAGGAAACUGUAAAUUGGUUUCUCUAUACUCAUUUUCACAUCCUGCCAUUAGGUCAUGUGAUACAAAACUAUGCUUAG